UCGAGAGAGGGUUGUUACACGACCGUGCAUCACUUUCAAGUCAAGUCAUCAUCAUCGCAGUACGGCCUCAGCAGCAGCGGCCAUUUUAUCCAUUGUCACGUUUGACUUGCACGUGCAGUUUUUAAGUAUUUAACCUUCAUCAUUUCCUCUGAAUUGUAUCAAAUUUGACGAGAAAAUAUGUCUAGAUAUGAAAGAGAGAGAAACUUCGAUGCUUCCGGACGGUCCGACAGGAGAGGAGGUGGAGGGUUUCGUGGUGGAAAUAGUUUUGGUGGAGGAGGUGGCCCUCCUCGAUUUGGUGGGCGUGGAGGGGGAAGAGGUGGCAGUUUCGGAAAUAUGGGAGGACUAAGAGAGAAGUUUGGUCAGCCUGGAGAAAGACUACGGAAGAUACGUUGGGAUCCUGCAAGGCUCACUCCAUUUGAGAAGAACUUUUAUAAAGAACAUCCUGAUGUUACAAACAGGCCACAGUCUGAAAUAGACCGUUUCAUGCAAGAAAAGGACAUAACAACAAAAGGUGACAGCUGCUCAAGACCUGUGUUCCGAUUCACUGAAGCAUGCUUUCCAGACUAUGUGUUGAAUGAACUGGCAAAAUGUGGCUUCAAUGAACCUACUGCAAUUCAGGCUCAAGGAUGGCCUCUAGCAAUGAGUGGUAGAGACAUGGUUGGCAUUGCUCAGACUGGUUCUGGCAAAACUCUUAGCUAUAUACUACCAGCUAUUGUGCACAUCAACCACCAGCCAUUCUUGGAGCCCAAUGAGGGGCCCAUUUGUCUGGUGCUUGCGCCAACCAGAGAACUUGCUCAGCAGGUGCAGAGUGUUGCUUAUCAAUUUGGUAAAACAUCAAGACUGAAGAGUACUUGUGUUUAUGGAGGAGCACCCAAGGCACCCCAGCUAAGAGAUCUAGAAAGAGGAAGCGAAAUAGUUAUUGCCACACCUGGACGUCUGAUUGAUUUCUUGGAAGGGAAGAAGACGAAUUUGGCAAGAUGUACCUAUGUUGUAUUAGAUGAGGCUGACCGUAUGCUGGAUAUGGGAUUUGAGCCACAAAUCAGGAAGAUUAUGGAACAAAUAAGGCCUGAUAGACAAGUGUUGAUGUGGAGUGCUACAUGGCCGAAGGAUGUUUGUGCGCUUGCUGAGGAAUUCUUGUGUGAUUAUCAUACAGUUAAUAUUGGAUCUCUUUCAUUGUCUGCUAAUCACAACAUCUUGCAGAUAAUAGAUGUCUGUGAUGACUUUCAAAAAGACGAAAAGUUGAUCAAACUGCUUGAACAAAUAAUGGGAGAAAAAGAAAACAAAACUCUUAUCUUUGCUGAAACAAAACGACGGACAGAUGAGCUUACAAGGAAAAUGCGCAAAGAUGGAUGGCCAGCAAUGUGCAUACAUGGUGAUAAGUCUCAACCAGAGCGUGAUUGGGUGCUGAAUGAGUUCCGAUCAGGCAAGGCACCUAUACUGGUUGCUACUGAUGUUGCGUCAAGAGGAUUAGAUGUUAAUGACAUCAAAUUUGUCAUUAAUUAUGACUACCCAAAUUCUUCUGAGGACUAUGUACAUCGUAUUGGACGAACAGCACGAAGUUCGAAUACGGGUACUGCUUACACUUUUUUCACUGCCAACAAUGCCAAGCAGGCCAAUGAGUUGAUUCAGGUGCUUCAAGAAGCUAACCAGAAGGUUCAUCCGAAAUUGAUCCAACUUGCUCAGAGUGCUCGGGCGUUUGGUAGAGGCCGCCAACGUUAUCGUCAGUCGGGCAACAGCUAUGGAAAUGGCAACCGAGGCUCUUCAAAUGGAUAUGCUGGCAACAACAGAGGACGAAGCACCAACUUCAAUGGAUCUGGAAGUGAAAAGUAUGGCAACACUGACUUCUCUCAGACUCAGUCUAGGCAAGGGGAUAGUAGAUUUGGACAACAACGGGAUGGGGAAUUUGGUGGGGGUUUCAGAGGUCGUAAUUUUGGUCAGCCGGGGAAUGAAGAAAGAAAUAGACCCUUUGGCAAAGUUGAUCAGCAUAAUUCUGGACCUAAAAAGGAAUUUCCCAGUUCCCACUUGCUGCCAGAAAGCCAAGGCUUAAACAGUGGCAAUCAAGGUGCCUCAAGCCGGGGCCCAUUACCUCAAAGGCAAGGUCCACCUCAACAAAUAAUGAGUUCUCAGCAGCAACUAAAUAUGGUUCCAGGCCAUGAAUUGGGAAGGAAACCCCAGCAAUUGGGGCAUUUUCAGCAGCCUAAUUCAAGUGGUUCCCACCAAGGUACAGGUAACCCUCAUGUUAACCCCAAACGGGGUCAACUCCUUGGUUCACAGCAAGCGACUGUAAACCCAAAUGGUGAAGGUCACUUUGCACAGCAACAGCAAGGGGAGAAACAGCCUAAACAAAAACCCAAAGUUGAUACAAGUACUCUGCAGCAACAAGCAGCAGCUUUUGCAGCUCAGCAGCAAGUGCAGCAAGGUUCUACUGACCCUCAACAAUUGCAAGCAGCUCCAACAGCUUCUGCUUUAGACCCAUCUGCUUAUGCUUCUGCACAGCAGCAGUAUAUGCAAUAUUACCAGGCUAUGGCUUAUUGGCAGCAGUAUCAACAAGGUGCUCCUCCCACCCCAAACGCUCAGUGAUAACUUUAAUUUGCAUUUGAUUCAUUCAAGUUGUCUUUGUCUUUUAUUCCAUUUUAAUUGACAAGAAUUUUGCUACAAUUAUCUAGCAAUACUCUAGACCAGUGUACAGUCCAAAAUAUUUUUCUCAGUAAUACACUUGAUUUUUUUUUUACUGCGGAUGUGAUCAACCCUUCUUUAAAUCUUUUUUUCUUUUUCUGUAUGUCUUUUUAAAUGACACACCCAUUUCCACUAUGAAAAUUCUGACCCAGUCAAAUGGCAUUUUAUUUCAUAGUCAAUGCAUUUUUUUCAACUGCAAACCUAUUAACAUUUCUGCGAUGCUGGUGUUCAGCAUAAUACAUUCAUUUGGCAAUUUUUAAAUGGCUUUAUAGUCGAGUAUCCUUAAUAAAUUCAAACAUUUGUUAUUAAAACUUUUCCUUUUUAUAAGUAUACGGUAAGGGAUUGUAUUGAAAAAGUUAAAAGUAGGUAAAAGUACAUAAUCAUAAUACAUUUGUGUUAGCAAGUGAAAGCUCCAUGAAUGUGCUUGUAAGCAAAUAAUGUGUAAUUGUUUUGUUUUUUAAAGUUAACUAUAUUUCAGUAAUGGUCUAGUUUUGACGUAUGCUUUUGUUAGGAUUUGUGGAAAUGAGUCUGGCUUAUGGUCUAUACAUGCAGUAGGAGUGCACUACUUAAGUAUUAUGUCACUAAGUUUGUGCUCAAUGUCUUCCUUUGAUUAGGUGAUGACAUUAAUGUAAACUGUACCAUGGCCAGGGGGGUAACACUUUUCAAUGACUAUUUCUUUACAAUUACAGGUGGGGAUCUUAUAAAUCCACCAGUGGUUACAACAGAUAAAAAGUGGCCCUGCCGUGGUACUUUCUACAUGCUUUACUUGUGAGGCUAUUGAAGUGCGAUGAAGACCGAAGGCUUCAAGUUCCCCCUGAUGAGUAGCAGAAUGAUUUGAUUUAAUAUUUAUGAGCAUACUAUCAUGACAUGAGAGAAGCACUCCGCUGCACGUCCAGACCAAAAUUAAGUAGAUGUUUUAACCCUUUUAUUGUAACAUAUUAAAUGUCACUGGAAAAGCACAGGAGUAGAGCAUGUUUUUCUUGAACAUUAACAGGAAUGUCAUUAUACCUACAGGUACAUGUACCCUUUUCCUUUUUUAGUGUGCCUGCAUCAAUUGGCCAAUUAAUAUGCUAGAGAUCUUUGGUAGGUAUACAUUGUGCUGAUAAAUGGGUUCUACUCACCAUGAUUGGUGUAAAAUAGAUUUCUUUUCAGGGUCUUUUCAUCAAAGUUAGUUGGUGUAUUUUCCCUUCUUAUUGUCAUUGUAAACCGUUUUAUUUUUAAUUAAAAACGAAUGUUCGUGUAAACUAAAGCUACUAUUCACUCUUAAUGUUUUAAAGUAAUUUAUUUCACUUAAAGUUUUUGUGGAUUCUAAUUUUUUUAAGGGGGCAUAGUUUCAAAACUACUUGUCGUUAUUAAAGAUGACAUCCAUAAAGCUGAAAGUAAUUUUUUGUUGAAAAAAUAUUUCCAACAGUGUUGCUCGUUGCUUAUAAAUGAAGAUUUUGAAAAAGUGGCGCCAAAUUUCAUAACUCUGCAUAACUGGACAAUUUUCAUUAAGGAAUUGUUGACAAAAUAAAAAAUAAAAUGGGAAAUCAGUCACAUAGUAUUUGUGGUAUUUUGGCUGGUAGCUUAUUUGAGUAAAGAUAUUUGUUUUUGUGGUAAUAUACUUGUUGUGCUUCAGCAGCUGUGUGAAAGUGGUACGGGGCUCAAUUUCACAAAGCACCAAGACCAGUUAUCAGUACUACCACAUAUUGCUUGACAGUCUUAGCUCUGUCAAAUGGAGCCCAGACCUGAAAUGAAAGGUUUGUUCAAGGAGAUUUUAAAGUUGAUGGGUGUGUUGACCCAUUUCUUGCUAAGAUAUCUUGCUUAGAAAGUGUGAAUUGUUGAUUUAUGAGAACAACAUGUAGUUGAGCAUAUUAUUUCCAAGAAGUUAAUGUGCCAGACACAGAAAACCCCACCAUAAUCAGAAUCAAUCGCAUACCUGAACAUUGUUCAAAAUUAGUCAAAAUUUUAUCUUUUCCAAAAAUGAUUUCAACCCUUAACUGAAACACACAAUACUCUUUGGAUUUUGGUCUGCAAAGGUAUGUUAUGUAGCAAGUGUGUUUAUCUUGACACAAUGCCUUAGAAUUUUUGUUUGUCAGGGACAACAAAUUAACAAUUUAAAAUGGAUCUUCCUUGGUGUAGAGAAGAUACACUUUUGGCUCUAAACAUUGCUUACUCAAAGCAGAAAACCAUUUCCCUAAAAUAGUGUCAGCAAAGGUUGCAGUAAUUGUUUGUUUUGAAUGAAAGAAUACACGAUGGGUAUGGGUGCUGGGGGUUGAAAGGCUGGAUUCUCAACCUCUUGGAUGGUAUGUGCUUAAUUUAAUAUUGCAAAGAAAA